ACUCAACCAGUUUGUGACACGUGGUCCCGCCAUGGACUAAUCCGUAAACAGAAAUAAAAGGGGGGUAUUUCAGAAAUUUUGAUGAAGUCUUUUGCUUGACGACAGAUCUAUUCAUGGGAGAAAAAUAACAUUUAGCGGGAACACGAUUCGUUUCUGUUCCUUUCAAAAGCUUCACAUUUUAUUUUUUUAGGAUUUUUCUCUGCUUUUAAUCUUCAUUCACUGAUUGCACCUCAGUGAGUGAAUAUGAUGGACGACCCACAUUUAGAAGAUAGACCUCAUGGUGAGCAGAGUCCGGUUGCUACUCCAACAAAUGGUUCAACUUCUCAUAGGAUGAAUCGAUCAGCAGUCAAGCAAAAGAAUACGAGUGCUGGUCUUGUUGAAGGUACACCGAAGAAGAAGGUAUCAAGAAUGCCUGGCGGGGGGCUGCGCCAGUUCAGUGUUAUGGUUUGUAAGAAAUUGGAGAGUAAGGGGAGCACCACAUAUGCUGAGGUUGCGGAUGAAAUUAUAGAAGAAUUUUCCACCACUCAGACUCAUGCAGCAGGAUCUUUGGAUGAGUUCCAUGAGAAGAAUGUUCGGCGACGGGUGUAUGAUGCAUUGAAUGUACUUAUGGCAAUGGAUAUUAUUACGAGGGAGAAGAAAGAAAUCAGGUGGAAGGGGAUUUCUCCUACACAAACGAAGGAUUUGGAAGAAUUCAAGGCAAUGCGUGUUCAAUUAAUGACAAAUGUCUCAAGGAAAGCAGCUUAUUUGAAAGAUUUAGAAGAACAAAUUGCAGGUAUCCAGAAUAUAAUCAAACGGAACCAGCGGAUGCUCACGAAUAAUACAGAUCCUAAAGAAGGAUUUACCUUGCCAUUUUUAUUGGUUCAAACUAGCCCACAUGCCACUGUUGAGAUUGAGAUUUCUGAGGAUAUGCAACUGGUGCACCUUGAUUUUAACAGUAUGCCAUUCCGCUUGCACGAUGAUGCUUAUGCUCUGAAGCUAAUGCAUUGCUGCCAACAACCUGAAGGUAGAAAUCUCUCGCAAACUUCUUCAAUCCAUUCAUCUUCAAGCUCUUCCAAAGUAUCUGGAGUCGGCAAACCGUUUUACUGGAAUUCCGAAACGGACACCGUCAAACAUGGGACAUCAGGAAGAUGAAUAGAAUCACUAUAUCCCCUAACAAACACAUGUAAAACAAAAUCUUUGGUACUUGUAUAUUGUCAUUUUCAUUGAAAAAAAGUACGGAA